CCUUGAUGUCCUUAAGCCAUCUCAGAAUACCAGACCAACCAGACGACGAACUAUACAUAGAUGGAAGACCCCUCGAGAUCAUCAAAGAAGACACGUUCACAAAAGGAACAGCCACCAGCAACCUCACCCCAGCCAUCGGCCUCGCAACAGUCCUCUACAACUGGUGUCCCGACGCCCUACACGCCUUCCUAGACUUCAAAACCUGGCUGUCAUUCACCUGGAACCUCAAAAUCCAACACGGCGAACCCGACGAAACACAGCUCGAAAUUUCCCGAAUCCGGAAUCAAAUCGCAUUCGGUCUGCUCGACAAUCACGGCCAUUACAAAAUUCUCAUCACAUACCUCAUCACUUCUCCCUCGGGAAAAUGGAUCCCUGACCCGCAAGAAACCAUGCUAGGCGAAGAGAUCGUGGAAGAUGUGGAGAAGAUUGAGAACAUGGCUCGGUCUUUUGUCAGAGAUUUGGUUUGGAAGAAACGGUGGCAAACGGGGAAGAAGAUGAGACAUGAUUUUUUUGUGGAGUUUGAGGUUGGUGAUGCUUUUGAGGAUGGGAUUGCGAUUAGUCCGCACUGGUUGUAUCGGGCGUUGGAUCUGGGGCAGUGUACGAGUUGUGGGGAUGGUGAGGAAGGGGAGUUGAAGAGGUGUGGGAGGUGUGGGACUGCUGCUUAUUGUUCUGAUGAGUGUCAGAGGAGGGAUUGGGCGGUGCAUAAGAGCGUUUGUGCGAUGGAUCUGGAGACCAGGGGAAAGGCGCUGCAUUUGAGUAAGGAUGGGGGACUUGCUAGGUUGGCGAAGUCGAGAUUGAUUGCGGAAGAUGGGAGUGGAGCAGAUGGUGAAGAAGUUCAAGACGAGUAAGAAUUGGGGAAUUGCGCUCGAUUUUUGGUUGAACGUCCAGCUUCAAUGUCAAAUCGAUUUCGCUGCAGAGCUGCUAUGCCAUCAAUGAAGCAAGACGAAUCACGGAGCACGCGACUCGAUCUAAGAUCUUCCCCAAGGCUAUGGGAAUUCAAUGCAGAGAUAUGCGUGCCUGCCAGAACAAAUAGACAUUCUAGAAUUAGACCAUGUCUCGCUGCUGAGCUAUGAGGAACUCGGAAAUACCGAGACAAGUUCGAUACCGCGGCUGUGGCGAGUGACGAGUGUACGGAGUGCCAUACGCUGCUGCGGACAUUGCCUGUAGUGGAUCAUAGGUUCAAUGACCAUCGUUCGGUGCCCGAAAACGCGUUUGCUGAUCGCUAUGGUCAAUACAUGAUGCUCUAUCGAGUGAAGAGCUGCGAUCCAAGUAAGCUCGACCGGACCUGAUCAUUCGAUCGUGGGAGAUCAUCAAACAUUUCGGCACAGUGGGAGUACCAAAGCUGCAACUCAUGUCAGCAAGUUCGAGCAUCCAGGAAGGAAGCGAGAAUGAGAAUAUGUGAGUGCCUGCUCUUCACGGCAUCCAGGUGUUUUGACAUUCCAGGUGCUCUCACAUUGAAGGCCACGCACUGUCGGAAAGCUGUACCGCUGGUUGGGUCCAGUUCUAGCCUUCACAUUUUAUCAAGCUGCAUCUAUUCGCGCCACUGGGCGAUGUCCUCAUGCUGCCAGUACUCUCCUGUCUUGCCGCCGAUAUCGUGCAGUGCGAGCAUGACAGGCGUCUUCGCGCCUUCAUCAGCACUCUUUCUGCCUCCACCACGCGUCAUGUCUGUCUUGACAUAUCCAGGACAACAUGCGUUGAUCAGGACGUUCUUGCUCCUCGCAUGCUGAUCCAAUGCCAGUGACUUUGUGAAAGCCGUAACUCCAGUUUUACUCGUAGCGUAUGCGGCCGACGGAAAGCCAGCCUCCUUCUCUUGCCCUGCAUCGGCUGCUUUCUGGAACUUUUGCAUCAAAGCUGUGACCUCAGGAAUGCCCGUCUGCGGCUCUUUCUUGGAUGCAUCGAGGAACGCCUUCGUAAUGUCAUCAGAG